AGAUGGCGUAGUUAGAUGUCAUCUCUGUCGGGUAAGUUGUAUUUUGGUUUCUAACUUUAAUGUUAAUGUUGGAAGUACAUUUGAAAAAAGAUUUAAUAUAAAAUCCUUUUUUAAAGUGAAUUAAUUAUAAAGGAUAAGAACAAAAUGGAAGAUUUAAUGAGAGCUUUGCCAGAUAACCGUCCAGUGACAUCAAUUUGUAUUGUUGAAGAUCCUGGUAAAUGUCCAGCAGGAUUUCAAGUGGUAGACAAGACAUUUGAUCAGGAUACUGAUGCUGAUUUAUGGAAAGAUGGAUUUUUCAGAAGAAUUACAAGAUACAUCUGUAUAUCAAAACAAGAAUGGCAAACAAAUGAAGUUAUAGAAUCUCUAACAAUUAUUGGCGAAAAAGAUUCCCCUCCUGAUGAUUUUACACUAUUAAUGUACACACGAGAUACUGAACAGAGAGCAACACGAAAGAAACAUUUAUGCUACAAAUUAAUGCCAAGAGAUAAUGUUCAAAUUGCUGUAACUGAUGUUAUAGUAUUGAGUAGAUGGAAAAAACCUCCAGCUGGAUUCACUUUAGCAGGUGAAAUGAAUAGUCUUCUGAUUUGUUAUAAAUUAGGAAGUGUAAGUUCUCCAAAGAAAAGUGUUGAUGGAGCUCUUCCUUAUCCUGUGUAUCCUGGAAAUGAAAAUUUUCAAGGUAGUGUUAAUUGGAACAAUUCAAAUAAAGAUAGUCAAAAUUACAGAUCUCUUGGCUCAGUUUUAGAUGAUAUUCCAUUUGAUAUCAAUCCAAAAUAUAAGGAUCUGUUUAAUUUGACAAAAUUUAUUCUACCUGAAUUUAAUGUAAAAUCUGAAGAGGAAUUAAAUGCAGAGUGUUCAUAUGACUUCCAUGCUGAGCAGCAAGCACAGCAAGCCAUUCCAUCUCAUCUGGCAUAAAUAUGUUUUAAAAGAGAUUAGGAGUUAACAUAAAUUGUUGAUUAAAUUUUAUUGAGUAAUUAAAAAUUUAAAACUGGUUGAAAUAUUAAACUGGUUAUAAAAAACUAUUAAAAUUCUUGUUCAAGAUGUACAAAAAAAAAUUGUUUGAUGUAAGAAGAAACAAAUAUAUAUAUAUAUUCAAAGUUGCACAAAUCAAAUGGACUUUUUGAUAGAAAGUAUUCAUAUUAUAAACAAAGAAAAAAACUGUGGUACAAAAAAUAAUUUUAAAGCUUUAAGUUUAUAUUUCAGGACAGUAUUUUUAAGUUGGGAGAAAUAAUUUAUUUGAAAUUUUAAUAUUUCUGUUUUUAGUAUGGCAGAUUAUUAAUAAUUGCUAUUUGUACUAUGCAAUAUUUAAGUAAUUUUUAAAACAAUGAAGAUAAAUGAAAUGUAAUCAUAUUUGUAAAUUUAUAUAAAAUGUUGCAAAUACAGUAUCUAUUUAGAUGACAUGUAAAUAUUUAGAAACGGUAAUUUGAAAUUUAUAAAGUAUUAUA